CCCGUUUAUGUGUAUGAAUAUGCCGACAAAAAGUCAAUUUCAUAAUGGAUUUGAAAGCUUUGGGCUGUGAAGAGUAUCGACCAUCGAAUUGCAGAUCAUGGUCAAUCAAAAACACAGAGCUUGAGUGAUUUGCAUAACCCUGAGAUCUCGUAUCUUUUUGCUUUAUUUCCGUACGCUACGCACCUCCCUUAUGCAAGGGUUUCGUUGGAGGUCUGCUCACAUCAGUUGUCAUUGCCCCUCUCCACGACAUUCCCAGUCGGAUCUUGGCUUUUUCGUCUAGACUAGUGGCAAUUCCGUUCCCGCAUUCUGGCGCUGGCGACAGCCACUUUUUGGCAACUGCCCAAAUCCUGGCCUAACCAAAGCAAACCUGUGCAGAUCCAUCUCUGCCGUGGAUAAACUCCACCGCCUUGCCCGCUUUUGAGACCCAACAUCAGCCAAGACCGAAGUGCUUCUCAUCUCGCGACAACCGCAAGUCUAUUCCUGUUGCCGCUCCCUCACCCGAAUAUCGCCUUGGAUCAAUCUCUCCUAUCGAACCUAGACGAAAACCACUGCCCAAAGUUCAGACCAGCUACAAUACUCCCAAAAAGAAAUAGACCAUAGUUGCGACGUAUACACGAAAUUGAAGAUAAAUAGCAACAAAAGAACAGAAGAAGAAAAAAACACCGCAUUUUCACAAAUAGAAACGUCAAUCAUAACCUCCAAAGGCUUGCAACCAUGGCGGAUUCGACACCCACGCAGAACCCCCAAGCCACCGGUAGUAGCUGGACCGCUUUCUUGAAGUCCAUCGCCUCUUUCAACGGAGACCUCUCCAGUCUGACCGCUCCGCCCUUUAUUCUCUCCGGCACCAGUCUGACCGAGUUCAGCUCGUACUGGUGUGAGCAUCCCACACUCUUUGCUGCGCCCGCCAAAGAGUCGGACCCCGAGAAGCGCGCCCUCCUCGUGCUCAAGUGGUUCAUAUCCACCUUGAAGCAGCAAUAUGCCAGCCGCAGCGAGCAGUAUGGCAACGAGAAGAAGCCCCUUAACCCUUUCCUUGGGGAGCUGUUCUUGGGUAAAUGGGAGGACGAGGCCGGUACUACGGAGUUGAUCAGUGAACAAGUCAACCACCACCCCCCAGCAACGGCCUACAGCAUCACCAACGUACCCACCGGCGUUCGUCUGGAGGGAUACAAUGCACAGAAGGCUACUUUCAGCAAGACCAUCAACGUCAAGCAAAUCGGACAUGCGGUUUUGACGGUUCCCGUUCCGGGGAAUGCCUCCAAGAAGGAGACCUUCUUGAUUACGCUCCCCUCGCUUCACAUUGAGGGCUUGAUCUUCGGCUCUCCUUUUGUAGAGCUCGACGGAGCAACGUACAUCACCUCGUCCUCGGGCUACACAUCGAAAAUUGACUACAGCGGCAAGGGCUGGCUCUCGGGCAAGAAGAACAGCGUCACGGCCGUCAUGUAUCCGACAGGCAAGGAGAAGGAGGUCCUGUACAACGUUACUGGCCAGUGGACCACGACCUUCGAGAUCCAUGCUGGUCCUGCCAAGCAAAACAAGUCCUCGAAUCUUGUCGACACUUACACAGCCUCGGAGCACCCGUCCAGCAAGUUGAUAGUCGCACCUAUCGAGCAGCAGCAUCCUCUUGAGUCGCGCCGGGCGUGGGCCAAGGUUGCGGCGGCGAUUGCAAAGACGGAACUUGAGACCGUGCAUGUUGAGAAGAGCAAAAUCGAGCAGGCGCAGCGCGAUCUGCGCGCCAAAGAGAAGGCCGAGGGUCGCAUGUGGCAGCGACGGUAUUUUUCGAUCCGGACGGACGCUCCGGAUGAGGUGCUGACGACGUUGGGCCCCGUCGUUGGGCUGGCCACGCACGGCGACUCAGACAGGACAGGCGGCCUCUGGAGGUUUGACGAGGCCAAGGCUGAGAAGGCCAAGGCGGAGCCCAAGUUGACCCCGGAGCAGGAAGCCAAGAUUGCAAAAGAGUGCCUUGGACAGUGAUGAUUUGAUGGUUUGUGGUGGUUAUGGAGUCAGCGGAUAGCAACGAGGUUUCUCUAUAGUUCUUUGCUUUUCUUGGCAUACAUCCUAGAUAUGUGGUUCGUAAUUGAUAAAAAAAUACAACUUAUGGAAUGAUGUUGUGGGGAGACGGUUGUCCACCUGAUUGGUGCCGGCCGUUGCGAGAACCUUUGGCGCUGGGAAAUUCCAGAAUCAUCGCACAGUCGUGCAGACCAAGUCGUGGAAGAUAGAUGGAGCGCCUCUUUGAUGCCGCAAGGGAUUCAAUCAUUGUCGGCACCUCAGAGGAUUAGACUGAUUGGCACUGUGUCGGUGGCUUCGUUUGGACAUCUUUCACAGUGUGUUGCGCGAUUUGAACUUGGUUUCGCACUAUGGUGUACUAUCGACAAGUUAAUGUUUCUCUUCUAAAAAUUCAGUACGUAAUAUUCCGAGUAAUCAAAUCGUUUGAGCACA